CCAACACGUAUUUCUAUAUACAGAACGCCAACUAUAUGAUACCGCAGAAGAAGAGAAUGCUUCUCCGAAUGAAAAUUCUAUUUACUUCAAGGAAUGAACCUGUAAAGUGUAAUCUAAUUUGGACUUGGAGGACAAGAAUCCCAAACCAUUAAACAUCCUUACAGCGAUGCUAAUUGAACAUCAAAACUCUCAGCUUCAGCAUUCUGAUUUCUGAUUACCAUUGGUGCCGGCGCUGAAAUUUGACAAAGGGGAUGGGGCCAGCCAUUAAAUUGUCACUUCCAAGUUUCUUAAGAGCUUGUGUUUCUUGGGUUCCUAUCUUUAAGAGACAAUAUUAGAUAAGAAGAUUCUUUGCUAUGAAUUUCAUUCCAUACAACUAGGUUUCCUCUGUUGCUAUGAAGCUUUACAAAACCAAGUUUUUGAAGCAUGACAAGAAGCCUUUUCCACGCAAAAGCAAACACAAACACGAACGUGUGGCUUCCUCCGAGCCUGUGAAACUACACAACCACAAAACGUUUUCAAAGUAUUUGGAGGAUGAGAGAGAUGGAAAGUCCAAAAUUGCAGCGGGAGUAUUGCUUCCCCAAGAGAUAAUAUGGGACGGUGAUGGUGGGGACGUUGCUGAGCUUCAGUGGAAAAGAAUGGUGGAUGAUUUGUUAAAUAAAAGAAAGUUGAAGAACUGCCAUGCUAUGAGUGAUGUCUCUAGAAGCAUGAAUGGGAUUCCUAUGAAGGUCUCCGUGGCAUUGGGUUUGUUGGUCUCUGAAUUGAGCGAAGACCCUUGGAAGGGAAAGGUCAACACUUUCUGUGAGAAAACUCGGUUCCAUGUGAUACAAGGCGAAGAUCUUCGAUCAAAGAUAGAGUUCAUGAGAGGCAUGGAGUGGGGCGGUCACCCCAAUCUCCAGAAGGUGUUUGAUCUGAUUCUGCAAGUGGCUGUCAAUGCAAACUUGAAAGCAGAGCAGAUGUUAAGUGGGUGUUUGUGUUUCGUGACAUGGAGUUUCAUCAAGUUUCACCGACUAGGUGGGAUAGUGACUAUAAGGAGGAAAUUUGGAGAGAAUGGUUAUGAAGAAUCGGUGCCAGAGAUUUUUUGGAAUUUAAGAGAUUCCAGUGCAACUUCAGUGCCUGUGGAACAAGAAGGGUAGCAUUGUUUAGUGGGUUUCGAAAAAUUUGAACUUGUUUUUGGAUGACAUUGGAGAAAUGAACCCUGAAUCUGUCUUGGAAUUGGCUAUAUCCGGCGACGAGCAUCAGAGACUUGCUGUGGUGGACUAAUUUUUCGUUUGUGCAGAAAUAAUUUCCAUUUCUUGUAACAAAAACAGAUCGAAAUGUGUAAUGAAAACUGAGACUCUUGAUCGAUA